GCUGGUAUUUUGCAAGAAUGGCAUCUAAAAACUAUCAACCAGUGGAGAGAGAUAGACACUCCACAGUAAAGGUAGGAAACUACCUAUAUAUGUGGGGUGGGGUCGGGUAUGAAGUAGACUAUAAUGUGAUGGAGGUGUAUCACUUACCAACUGGUGCUUGGGACCAGAAACCUACUACUGGUACCCCACCACCAGAUAACUUCGCCUAUUCGACCGUUGCCAUAGGAAAGGACAUAUAUUAUUUCUGUGGACUUGGUGGUGGUGAUUAUCAAAACAGCUUACAUUGUUUUAAUGUGGAUUCAUUCAAGUGGAAAGAACUCUCUCCUAGUUCUGAUUGCGAUCCAAUGAAGAAGGGCUACUGUGGAAUGAUAUCAGUUCAUUUUGACAGUGAACACUAUCUCGUAAUAAUCGGAGGACUGGGAUCAUCUUCUAUACCUAAGCAACCUAAC